AUGAACACAUUUACUAUGGAUAAGAAUUGUUUUGAAAAGUUGCCUCCAGAGAUUUUAAUAAAUAUACUUAAAUUGCUCAGUUUAAAAGACUUGCGAAAUGUAAUGAUAACAUCAAAAUAUUUAAAGGACCUUAUAACUAAUGAGUCUAGCUUGUGGAAAUUCAUUUGUCGAUACAAGCUUAUAAUAAAUCAUAAUAAUAGUAUUAAAGAGUCGUCUAAGAGCUGGUAUACCAAUUGCAGACUAUCUCAUAAUUGGUGUAAAGGGAUAUUCAAGAAUAAAAUUCUCAUUCAGAAUCAAACAAAGUUUUUGCCAUGGAUGCAGCUUGUGCACACAAAUGUUCUUUUAGUCUCGUUUGGAUCUGAUCUUGACUGCUUUUCUCUCGAGCCCCCUCGUUACAGUAAAAGACUAAUCUGGAAAAUAAAUGUACCAACAACUAGGAGAUAUGAUAUUCGAACUAAUGAUGUCACAAGAUUUAUUGUUAAAGAUAAUCUUAUUGUGUGUGGUAAUAGAGAUGGUAACACUGCAAUAUAUGAGUAUAACAAUAUUAGGGAAAAGCCUUACUUGCUUCAUUACAUACAGAAUUGCCAUAACUGUGGAAAAGAAGAGGUAACAGCAGUGGAAAAAACUAAAAAUUGUGUUAUAACAGCUUCAAAUCUUAGUCCUUAUAUUAAUUUAUGGAAUUUAAAAGGAAACACUCUUGGGUCCCAGUUAAAUAAUUGUUCAAUUGUAAAAAACUUUGAAGUUCCUGAAUGUGAUGGUUGUUGGUCAUUAAGCGUUGAUGCAUUGGGAAAAAACUUGGCCAUUGGUCUUAACGGAAAUGGCAUGCCAGCCUGCAUUGAUCUAAAUAUUGGUCAAUAUGUUAUGAGCCCUAAACAAGAUCUGAGAGGAAAAAAACACCUAGUAAGAGAUUUGCAGUGGCACAACACAAAUGGAAUAGUUUUUGUAACACAUUCAGGAAAGUUGCAGUAUAUUGACACAAGAGUUGGGUCUGUAACCUAUGAAAUCAGGGAUCCAUUUCAAUCAGCUCUUUAUUGUGUAAAAACUGAUGGAGACAAUGCUGUUGUAACUGGAUCAGCAGAAUACUCUCGUUGUGUGCUCUUUGACUUACGCUCGCCACACCAUGUUCAGAUGUUUUUUACUCAAAAGAAAUCAUCACCAAUAUAUAGCCUUGAUUUUGAUGUGAAAAAACUAAUUGCAGCUGGAGAUCAAAGAGUAGCUGUUGCGAAUUUUAAUGUGAGUUCAAGAUCUACUGAAGCAAAAGAUUAUUCACAAAUAUUUGAAUUUGUAUCAAGCUGA